UUAUUAGAGCAACGAAUAUCAAGACAAAAUUAAAAUAACGUAAAAUAGGAAGGAAUACCGAAGAUUUUAAAUACACAAUAUAUAAACCCAUUUUUCAGGACAAAAAAGAAGCAUCUGAAAUCAUGAGAAGUACUCGGCUAAUGACGAUUAAGAAUAAGCAAGCCUCAACAAUUAGCAAAACACCCACGAUUGAGUUUGAUGAUUCUGUUAAACGCAAUCCCUCAUUUUUCAGCAUAAUUCUUUCUCCAAUCACUCAACAAUCUAAGCUUAGGAUCCCAGCAGAGUUUGUGAAGAAAUAUGGAAGACAUUUAUCAGAUGAGAUAUGCCUGAAUGUACCGAAUUGUGAACAACCAUGGAAAGUUGAACUAGAGAAAGAUAAGAAUAAAAAUGAUAUGUUUUUUGGAAAAGGUUGGGAAAUGUUGAUGGAAUUUUAUAGCUUAGGGUAUGGACACUUCUUAGUGUUCAGGUUUGAUGGCUGCUUACCAUCACAAUUUCACGUCCUAAUAUUCAAUAAAACUGCUACCGAGAUAGAUUAUCCUCUUCGAAGAACCCCUCCUCUUAAUUCCAACAGGAAGCUUAAGAAGGAAUAUCGCACUCAGGAAGCCAAUGAUGAUGAUGAUGAUGAAUCAGUUAUCAAUAAUCUGGAUUCAUCAGACUCUGACAAUAAUGUGAAAUGUUCAAGCAUCAAAGAGAAAGGGUAUGAUAGAAUCUCUCCUGAAGCCAGAAAGAAUCUUAAGAAAAAGCUUAGUGUGAUAAAAUCUGAAUAUCCAAACUUCAAAACUAUCAUGUAUCCCACACAUGUGCGUUACAGAUACAAUUUGGGUGUUAAUUUCAGUCAUGCUUCAACUUACUUUGCAAGAGAUAAAUCAGACAAGGUUAUUUUGAAAGGGCCAAAUGGGAAAAACUACCGCGUCGGAUUAUAUUUGAAUCAAACAACUGCAAAAUUCACGGAUGGAUGGAAAGAUUUUGUGGUUGAUAAUGGUUUAAAUGUUGGAGAUGGUUGUAUGUUCGAGCUCGUUAAGCGUCCUCCUAAUAAUGUUUAUCAAGUUUCCAUAUUUCGCAUCUAGCUAGUUUAAUCCAGUUAUUAACCAACAUUAAUUAGCGUUUUAUUUUGUGUCAAAGAUGCUUUAGUCUAGAUCGUUGGUUUUGUACAACGAAAAACAAGGUAAUUUUUCAUGUACCUUAAUCGGUUGUACGGUUAAGAUCUUAGACUUUUAGGGCAUAUGAAUUGAUGUACGUACGGAAGUUAAGAAAGUGAUCGAAGACUACGUACCAUUAAUUGGUUUGUAAACUACUCCCCCCAUCCUUUUUUUUUUGGCGACCAUUUUUAAUCUUUACGUUUGUAAUAUUUCCUUUUAUAUUAACAUUAAUGUCUUUAAUAUUCUGCCAAAAAUUAUGUCAAAUGAUUAUUUUAAUUUACUAAAUUUGUUGAGUGGGAUUAAAUCUCUCAUAUUUUCUCAA